UCUCUAGCUAUGUGGCCAGGAAUUCUGAUAUCUCAGAGUACGGUGGGGGGUGGGGGGGGUAUCACAGUGGAUUCUGUGGACCGACUUGCCUUUCACGAUGCGGCAGACCGGACAGAAGCUUGAUUUCAACUUUAGGACAUUAAAGAAAGUCCCAUCACGUGGGACUCGCAAGUUCAAAUGAAAAGGAGACAUUCGUGGGUGUAACCAACCCUGACUCCAGAAGAGAAUGCAGAGGCUGGAGAUCCGUGAUCUACCAGGACAUGCACUCUCCAAGGUCACCUGCCUGGCCCUGGAGUCCAGAGGCACCUGUGCCCAGCUCCAUCCCCCGCCUCAAGGCACCUUGCAAGUUGUCCGUGGAGAUGGCACAUCUCUGGGGACUGUGCUCAUAUUCCACUGCCCCUCUGGCCACCAGAUGGUGGGGUCUGGCCUCCUCACUUGCGCCUGGAAUGGGAGCACGGCUGACUGGUCUUCAGGAAGCCCUGUGUGCAAAGCUGUGCCACCGCACGAGACCUUUGGCUUCAAGGUGGCAGUGAUCGCCUCCAUUGUGAGCUGUGCCAUCAUCUUGCUCAUGUCCAUGGCCUUCCUCACCUGCUGCCUCCUCAAGUGCGUGCAGAAGAACGAGCAGCGGCGCGCUGACAGGACGGCACAGCUGUGGUACCAGCUGAGAGGCGAGGACCUGGAGACAGUACAAGCUGCCUACUUGGGCCUCAAGGGACACAACCACAAUAACAGAAGCAGCUUCGGUGGUGGCAAUGGUGGCUCCAGUGGUGGUGGCGGCAAGUCAGGGGUUCAGCACAGCCAGGCGCAUGACAACCACAGCUUCACCAGAGACCCCGGCGACAUCAGAGAGCACUCUGGUGUGACCCGCAGUGUGGACAAAGACCCUUGGACUUUCAGGAUGGGAACUCCGGGCCCUGGUGACUGCUCCAGCUCACCAUGCACCUACGCAAUGGUCCAUGCGAUGAACUCUGCAGGGCUGGCCCCUGGAAAUCCCGGGAGGCCCAAAGUGUACCUUCCAGGGUGACCCCACUGGCCAGAGGUCUGCAACUCAACAUUUGCCCAGCUGGACAUGGGCCAGGGCAGUCACCUCCAGGUAUAGGGGGCUGACAUUAAAGGCUGGGGCCCCAGUGGGGAACGGUCUUUCCUAGAGGAGACCUCUGCGGCUGUUACAGGACCUGUUCAUUGAACUGCUACUGGGGUGAGGUCCUGAAGAAGUCGCCACAACCUGGCUUCUUUUAGAGAGACUGAGACAUUUUAAAAAGAUAUAGUUUUGCAUAGUAGACUAUGAAAAUAUUAAUAAAGUACUUUCAGCAAAAGAGGUAGCCACCUUAUCAUCUUCUGGGGCAUGGAUGCACUGCCUGGAAGCCAGGGGGCCCCCAGGACUUCAUCUGUAAACCGCGGUGAGAGAAAUAGAUGUGUUUUCUUUGCAUAAAAACAUAAAGUGGGGUUGGAAGUGCA